CUCCGUUUCCGGUUAUUGAAGUAACAUCGAACCUAGAUGCUGUCCAAGAAUUGGAGCUCGCUCGAUUGCAGAACGCCGAACUUGAGGCGAAGAGUGCCUUCCUAGAGGAAACCAUCGAUGAAAUUCGAAAGGCUACUGCAUCUAAGGAUGCUCAAUUAAAGCAGGCUUCUAUCACGAUAGACGACCUGGAACGGCAAUGCGAAUCGGAGCGACGAGCAAAGGAGAAAGAAAAGUUGGCAGCGGAGAAGCUGGUCGAGCUCACAUCCGCUGAAGUGGAGAAGCAGGUCUUAAGCACACUCGAGGCCAAAGUAGCCGAAGCUGUGAAGUUGGAAGCCAAAAAAUGGAUGAGCAGGAUCAAUUAUCUAACUGCAGCCGAUGGUGUGUCCAGGCAAUGGGAAACGGUCCGAAUGAAUGCAGUCGCCGAUCUAGAGGUCGUUCAACAGAUGCAAGCGACCCUGCGAGUAUUUGCCGCUGGAGUGGAUGCGAUCACCCCGGUAGAACUACCAUGA